UGCUGCUGCCGCCGCGGUACGAGGCCAUGGAGGGAGCCGGAGCCGCAGCCGCGCAGGGAGAGGCUCUUCGAGGGGUGACAGGGGCAGUGUUGCUGGUGGAAACGGGACCAGACGAAACAGGUGCCGUACCCUCCAGAGACGGCCCCGAUCCCUCUUCCGGAUCCUUGUCUCCUCGGAAGCCCAAAAGCACCUUGGGAGGAGCAGGGGAGAGCCUGCUGGCCUCUGGCAGGAAUGGUGACGAUGGGACACGGACACAGAUGGCCACGAGUGGGAAAGAAAUGGGAGGAAUGUCACCUGAGACAGGGGGCAUCUCAGCUGGCUCAAACACCAGUCCCAGUCCUGGGAAUAAAGGUCUACCAGGCCAUGCUGCCAAGACUUUCCCAUCAUCCCCCAGCAAAGCAGGAGGACCCAGCCGGGCAAAGAUGUCGCUCACUGGAACCAGCAAGUCCCCGACCUCCAUUCAGAGUUUGGCUAUGCGUCUGCUGAGCAUGCCCGGGUCGCGGCUGCCUGGCGAUACCGGGACUUCUGUGACGGAUGUGCCGGCUCCGCCUCCGACCUCGACCCCUGCUCAGCCUGCAGUCCCAGCAGCAGAAGAACCCAAACCCAAGGUUCACCGGGCCCGGAAAACCAUGUCCAAGCCCAACAGUGGGCAGGUACCUGAAAAGCGAGUCUCUGAGAUGUUGCACUUCCGAGUCCCAGACGACCUGAGGAGCAUUGAAGAGCCGGAAGAACCUGCCAAGCGCAGGAAGUUUGACUAUAUGGCUGACGCCAUGCACAAACGGAUGCCACUCUCGCUCCAGCGGUCGAGUCCCAGGGCUACAACGGAGAUUACAGUGACGGAAGAGAUGACCGCUCCGGCCACGGCCUCCCAGGAGGAGAGGGGUCAGGAGUGGGAGACUGAGGUAGGGGAUGACUUCAGCCUCUUCUACGACAGCUACUCUGUGGAUGGCCACGUGGACUCAGACAGCAAGUCGGACGCAGAUGUUGGUGGAGAGCAUAUGAGUGAGGAGGAAGAGGAGGAGGAAGAAGAGGAAGAAGAGGAGGAGGAGGAGGACGAGGAGGAAGAUGACGAUGAUGAGGAAGAGGAAGAAGAUGAUGAAGAAUCUGGGAACCUCUCUGACAGAAGCGCUGCCUCCAGCUCCAAGCGAAAAGCCCGGAAGCGCUGGCGGAACGACAGCCCCUGGGUCAAGCCGUCACGGAAACGCAAGCGCAAAGAGCCGCACCCCAAGGAUGCUAGAGGUCUGAAUGGCGGCCCUUCAACCACACAGAGCGAGUAUACGGAGGUGCCUCUUGGCUGUUUGGAGCUGCCCAACGAGGGGGCGCUGUCCCCCAACAAUGCUGGGGUGUCCAAUGAGACCAGUUCGCUAGAGACAGAGCGCUUUGAGGAGCUGCCCCUAUGCUCCUGCCGCAUGGAAGCCCCAACUAUCGAACGACUCAGUCAGCAGGCCGGAAAUCAGUGCAUGGCAACGGAGAGCGCUGACGGAGAGCUGAACGGCUGCAGCAGCAGCAUUUUGAAGCGGGAGACGAUGCGUCCCUCCAGCCGGGUUCCCCUCAUGGUCCUGUGUGAAGCCCAUCGAGCCAGGAUGGUGAAGCACCACUGUUGCCCUGGAUGCGGCUACUUCUGCACUGCGGGCACAUUUUUGGAGUGCCAUCCUGACUUCCGCGUGGCUCAUCGCUUCCACAAGGCCUGCGUUUCCCAGCUCAACGGAAUGAUCUUCUGCCCGCACUGUGGGGAAGACGCUUCCGAGGCCCAGGAGAUCACGAUAGCCAAGGCUGACACCUCCACGCCGGUCCCCAUUCCGCUAUCACACGGACAGGGCGCCCCUGAGACCACGGGCCGUGCUGACACCACCCAGCCCAGUGCCCGGAUGCGUGGGGGUUCAAGCAUAGAACACCCGCCAGAUGACGCGCCUGGCCUUGGCGGCCCAGGGAUCGACAGUGCCGGACCACGACUGACCCUGCCUAAUGGGGCAGUGCUAUCUGCACAGGGCCUGCCCUCAGGGUCUGGGCGGGAGCAUCUGGAGCGUGCUCUGGUGGUGCAGGAGUCCGAACGGCGCAAGAAGCUACGAUUCCACCCUCGUCAGCUAUAUCUCUCUGUUAAGCAAGGAGAGCUCCAGAAAGUGGUCCUAAUGUUGUUGGACAGCUUGGACCCCAAUUUCCAGAGCGAACAGCAGAGCAAGCGUUUCCCCCUGCACGCUGCAGCGCAGAAGGGCUUCUUGGAAAUUUGCCAUGUUUUGCUGCAGGCUGGUGCCAACAUAAACACGGUGGACAAGUUACGCCGGACACCCCUCAUGGAGGCUGUUGCAAACAAUCAUGUGGAGUUAGCACGUUACUUGGUCAAAAGAGGCGGCUGCGUUUAUACCAAGGGCUCCUGUGCCUUUAAUAGGCCUACAACAGGAAGAAAUCCCAUAGGUGCAGUUCCUGGUAUGGAGGACGACGGCUCUACCUGUCUCCAUCACGCUGCCAAAAAUGGAAACGUUGAGAUGGUCAGCUUGCUACUCUCCACAGGACAGGUGGAUGUCAAUGCCCAGGAUAGCGGCGGUUGGACCCCCAUUAUCUGGGCUGCCGAGCACAAGCACAUCGAAGUGAUCCGUAUGUUGCUCACCCGCGGAGCCGACGUCACGUUGACUGACAAUGAAGAGAACAUCUGUUUGCACUGGGCCUCCUUCACAGGAAGUGCGGAGAUCGCCGAAGUCCUGCUGAACGCCCAGUGCGACCUCCACGCCGUCAACUUCCAUGGCGACACGCCCCUGCACAUUGCAGCCCGGGAGAGCUACCACGAGUGUGUCCUCCUCUUCCUGUCGCGGGGGGCGGACACUGAAGUGCGGAACAAGGAAGGGGACUCGCCCGUGGACCUGACCUUGGAGAACUCGGAAGUCUGGUUUGCCCUGCAGCUCAACCGCAAGAUCCGCCAAGGCAUCCUGAACCGCUCCGUGCGCACCGAGCGCAUCAUCAGCAGAGACGUGGCCCGUGGCUAUGAGAAUGUGCCCAUUCCCUGUGUCAACUCCGUGGACGACGAGCCCUGCCCGGACGAUUACAAAUACAUCUCAGAGAACUGUGAGACGUCCACCAUGAACAUUGACCGCAACAUCACCCACCUGCAGCAUUGCACGUGCCAGGACGAUUGUUCUUCCAGCAACUGUCUAUGUGGGCAGCUCAGCAUUCGCUGCUGGUAUGACAAGGAUGGCCGCUUGCUGCAAGAGUUCAACAAGAUUGAGCCGCCCCUGAUCUUCGAAUGUAACCAGGCCUGCACCUGUUGGAGGAACUGCAAAAAUCGUGUGGUGCAGAGCGGCAUCAAGGUCCGUUUACAGCUCUACCGCACUGCCAAAAUGGGAUGGGGCGUCCGAGCGCUACAGACGAUCCCCCAGGGAACUUUUAUAUGCGAAUAUGUGGGGGAACUGAUUUCCGACGCAGAAGCUGAUGUAAGGGAAGACGACUCCUACCUGUUUGAUCUAGAUAAUAAGGACGGCGAAGUGUACUGCAUUGAUGCGCGUUACUACGGCAACGUCAGCCGCUUCAUCAACCACCUGUGCGACCCCAACAUCAUCCCCGUCCGGGUGUUCAUGCUGCACCAGGACCUACGCUUCCCCCGCAUCGCCUUCUUCAGCAGCCGGGACAUUCAGACCGGUGAAGAGCUCGGGUUCGACUACGGCGACCGCUUUUGGGACAUCAAGAGCAAAUACUUCACGUGCCAGUGCGGCUCCGAGAAGUGCAAACAUUCGGCCGAGGCCAUUGCCCUGGAGCAGAGCCGCCUCGCCCGCCUCGAGGCCCACCAGGACGGCUUACCCGACAGCAGCAGCCUCCCUGCCACGCAGGCCUAAGCCGGGCCCGGCUGCCAAUCCAGAACGUUGGGACCCUUCCCUUCUUCCACCGGCCACGGGCUGCUCCUCUAAGACCAGGCGUGCUGGAACGCAGAAGCUUCUCUUCCCCACGGGGCGUUCGCCUCGAAGAAACAUAAAGCUGGUGGAAGGGCUGUAGAGAUCCACGGAAGUGUGUCCUGUUCCAGGGAGUGAGAGAGAGAGUGACCUGCAGGUAGCGAAGGAGCCGUUUUGCCUAGGAGAGAGAGGCGGGGGAGAAAGCCGCACCUGAGCUUCUGUUCUCCAGUUUGUGAACUACCCACAACUCGUUGCCUCUUGGGGAAAAGCAACGACACUGUAUUGAUGCCCUUUUUCUUCUUUUGGGCCAAGUGAAUCUUUAGCUCUUUGUAAGGAACGGUUCCAUU